CUGACCUUGACUGCGGUUGCAGCAGCGGUGUCAGGACAGGGGUGUCAGGACAGCGGUGCCAGGACAGGGGUGUCAGGACAGUGGCAGCAGCAGUAGCUGCCGGACGGUGGGAGGGCGAGGGGCCAUGGCCCUUGCUCUCCGCCUCUUCCUCCUCCUCCUCCUGGCAGUGGCCCUGCACGCCAGGGCUGCCCAGGCUGCUCCGGUGCCAGCGCGGGGAGCAGAUGAGGGUGCUGAGGAAGAUUCCCCCGCAGCUUGGACGGAUUAUGGUUUGGAUAUCUUGGGACCUACUGGAGGGGUGUCCGCAGGGAGGACUUUUCCAGCUCCUGUGCUGGUUGCUCCGCACUGGUCCAGCUCAUAUGGCAUGAGUCCUCCAACAGGCAAGAACCAACCUCCAGGAGAAAAGAAAUCCCAGGAGGCAAUGGAACUUCUGGACAAGAUGCUGAGUGAACUGGAGAAACAGCGAGAGAUGGACCGAGAGGCUGUGCUAAAAGCAGUGGUUCCAAAAGAAAUAAACGACUCUUUGCCAGAGUCUCCUGAAGGAAGGAAGGCGAUGCCAGGCACUAGCAAGCCGGAUGUGGUCGGCAAGGCAGGAACAAAGGACCAAAAUCCCCAGAGCGUCAGGAGAGUUCUGUGCCCCCAGGACGUGCGCAAGCACUGCAUGGUGGGCACAGUGGUGGUACUGUUCACUGUGCCUCUGGCCAUGAUCUUGUGCUAUGUUGGGAUCCGGUGGUGGAUUGACAGCAAAGGGCACCCAAAACACCAGCCAGGACUGCGCCGCUCCCCUUCACCUCCAGAGAGCCCCAGGAACGUCCAUUUGGACACGUCUCGGAGAGGGGCUCAACACCAGCAGCCCCACAGAAAACUGGAGCCCCAGCCCUCCGUACCUCCCCCACGCCCUCCCCCAGUUCCCCAGCCACGGAGGCAGGACCUGCCUGACAUCCCCCUGCCUCCUCCUCCUCCUCCUCCUCCACCUCCCCCGAGCCUGCUGACCUAGUCCUCCAGCCAGGACUGAAAGGGACUUGGGCCCACCAACAGCUUUGGGCAUCUGUUCUUCUGUACAAAUAGUAUGUGUUACCCAUAAGCCAGGUUCAGUUUCCAUAUUGAAGACCUUCAACAGGAAGGGCUGAAGACUCCUCCCUUGCCCUGGAUUCCUUUGCUACUUUCAUUUUUGUACAGCUGGGUGCUGGCUGAGUCUCCUCAAAGAACUUUAUUUGCAAUAGUUGAAGAACAGGAGGAAAAGAACAGCAGUCUCCCUUCUGUCUGCAAAAAAACAGCUCAGCAGAAAUUAAAAUGCCAAUGGAAUAAAAAUAUGACUGUCAUGAAA